UCAUGUUAUGUGUGACCUUAUCAUCGGGUUGGAUGGCAAAUAAACAUUAUGAUGGGCCCUAGGAAGCUUUCCAUGGUAGGCGUUCAAUGACCACUGUUUCCUAUGGUGUGGUCCACUGCAGGUUUGAAUCUACUUCAUUUUUGGGAUGAUGCCCUAAAAUGAGCUAGGAAAACUGAUGGACGGUGUGGAUAUACAACACAUACAUCAUGGUGGGCCCCACAGUCAAGGAAACACCCACUAACCUGAUCCGCUCGUUACGAUGGUCUCGACCUGCUAAGGGCUUCUUUUGUAGAGCAGGUACCCUAAUUAGUAAUAUACCCCCAACCCUCUCAGAAUUUAUAAAAAGACCACCUGAAGUAUUAUUCUCGUAUUACGAGGCUCUGUUACCAUUUUGUUAACAGUGUCAACUCAUCCAUGGUUCGUUUGGCACACAUGCAUGCCAAUCCAGAUAGUCGGAAUUGUGGGGCCCUUUAUGGAUAGAGCAUUGUCUGAAGAUGGCUUUGAAUUUGGAUCAUCACUGCUGAUCAUUCUCUUUUUAGUUGUCCAUCUGAUGGUUAGGAUCAUUCAGUUAGUGCAAUUUUUCUGAAUGUUUCAUCCACAUUGGGUCACGAUUUCAACAGUCUGGAUUGAAAUAUACAUGUAUGCCAUGUAUACUGUGUAUGAGCCACCUCCCCUUCUAAAAUUGUGACAAAUGCCAUUUCUAACGUUUUCUUCGUAAAUGAAUGCGGAGGCCGGGAUCAAAGCAUACACAAAUUUUGAACUUUGCUGGCCCAGCUAGCCCCCACCCGACCAAUUCAAAAUCAGAAGCGGAUUGCCUCACCACCCAAACCCAUACGUUGCAAACUUCCAUGGGUCCAACCAUGAUGUAUGUGUUAUAUCCACACUGUUCAUUUGUUUUGUGAGAUCAUUUUAGGGCAUGAGCCCAAACAAUGAGCCAGAUCCAAAGCUUAAAUCGACAACACAACAGAAAGCAGCGGGGAUUGAACGCCUACUGUUGAAAACUUCCUAGGGGGCACAGAAGUUUAUGGAUCAAGCUGAUAUUUGUGUUUUCGGUCUGUCUGACCUUAUGAACAGGUUGGAUGGCAAAUAAACAACAUGGUCGGGCCUAGGAAGGUUUCGACUGUGGGUGUCAUUGUCUCCACUGCUUUUUGUAGUGUGGCCCAUUUGAGUUUUGGAUCUGCCUCAUUUUUAGGUUCAUGCCCUAAAAUAGUCUCUCAAAAUGGAUGGGACGGUGUGGAUUUGUUAUACCUCAUGGUGGUGUGUGCUACACUACGCAAUCCGGUUCCUUCAAAGUCUGGGCCAAAGAUGUUUUGGAUGAUCCAACAGUCUAUAUCUGGAUUGAUGGCCUGCAAAGCGGAUGAUUUAUUAAAAAAAAAAAAAAAGAGAGUAAAAGAAAAGAUUCAACGGGACCAUCUUUACCUUCCACCUGACAUGCCCGGCUCAGAUUGCUUUUGAAGCAACAAACUACUGUCGAUCACCACCUUUCUGGUAGCCCCCACCUCGGGUUGCCCUUGAAGACGUAUACGAAUCAACAAAGCAAAUUGCUGAAAAAAAGAAAAGAAAAUGAGUAACAUGUUCUAGGGAAAAGCUAAAUAGUUUGUAUAAGUGUAGACAGACAUCCCUAUCUUGUCAAGGAAGAAAUUCCUUAUGCCUUGCAACUUUAAUUGAAAAAGUACAUAAUAAAAUCACGUGAAGCAACAUUAUUUCCAGAAAAGCUAGCUUUUAUAACAAUUAGAGCAUUGGACAAAAAAAAGGAAAAAAAAAAGAAAAAGAAAAAAAAGAAAAAGAGGUUAAGAAGGAGAAUGAUCAGUGGUCCAAGUUAAUCCAGCAAGAUCAGACGGUUAUGACUGUCUAUUUACUAUGAUUUUCCGGCCGCGUUCCAUCCACAUUGGAGACCACAAUUUUGUAGUUUGCAUUGACAUAGAUGCAUGCCCCUUAGGAUGACGAUGAGUCCUCGCUAUUUAGUAAUUGCCAAAAUUACACAUUGGAGUCUAGCUUUUGAUUUUUCCACAACCCUAUUAUUAUUAUUAUUAUUUUCAUUUUUUGUACUAUGUAAUUCUUUGUUAUGUACAAUAACUGAAUACAAUGUUUCUUAUGGUAAAAUAAAGAAGUACAAAGAAAAAUGUGUACUUGUUUUGAUACAUGUCUGUGUAUUAAUGUAAGUAAAUAGCUUUUUAUUACUUUUUGUUCGACAUGGUCUACUGCUUUGUUGUCCACAUUGCCCAUUUUGAAACGUGCAUAGGGAUGCCCGCCCGCUGCUCUUGGAAGGUGGGAGAUCAGUGCACAUCUACUGCUAUGUUUUACUGUCGCUGUAAAACCCAAGUCAUUUGACAAGCUUCAUGCAUACGUUGCAUUGAGCGAAGAAGAGCCGAGCCAAUUUGAGCCAUGCAAAGGAGCUGUCUCCUCAGUGGCCAUGAAGAAGAAGAAAGCUACAUAUUCUCCUUCAAUCCUCCCCUUGGAGCUCUACACCAUUUAAUGCAGAGAAAGUGAUUAGCCAAUUGAAGAACUGCAUUAGCCAUUCAAAUCUCUCGUGUCAUGGUGCUGCUGCACCCCAUUUCAACAAUUCCCAUAGAUAAGCUCCCCAUCCGCAGCUCAGCUUUCAGAAACCGUAAAUGGACGUCGAAGCAGCCAUAUACCACUACUGGCUUAUUCAUAUCCAGUUCAUGGCAGUCUGAUCCUCCCAUACAAGUGUUCCCUCCAUUAAAUCAGAGUGUUGCAGCAGUUGUAUUUGGAGAUGGGUCAGAGUCAGGGCUCUAUCCACUGACGAAGAAAAGAUCGGAAGGGGCUAUUCCUGUUGCAGCGAAUUACAGACUCGUUGACAUUGCCGUGAGCAACUGCAUUAACAGCAACAUCACCAAGAUAUAUGCUCUCACUCAGUUCAAUUCCACCUCUCUUAAUUCUCAUCUGUCCAGAGCUUAUUCAAGCAUUGGGUUAGGGAAAGAUGGGUUUGUGGAGGUUUUAGCUGCCUAUCAGAGCCCUGAAGAUCAAGACUGGUUUCAGGGGAGUGCUGAUGCUGUUAGGAGAUGCUUGUGGAUACUGGAAGAGCAUCCCGUAAUGGACUUUUUGGUACUUCCCAGUUACCAUCUCCACAGAAUGGACUACCAGAAACUAAUACAGGCUCACCGAAGUAGCAAUGCCGACAUUACUAUUGCGGUUUCAUGUUGUACAAGGAACCAAAAUCGAGGUUUUGGCUUUCUUAAAGUAGAUUGUGAAAAUUGGGUACUUGAGUUCAAAGAGAAGCCAGAGCAGGAGCUACUGAAACCCAUGGAAGUGGAAGGCUCACAGAAAUCAAAGGAUGAUUUUUGUUACAUGAGCAUGGGGAUCUUUGCAAUCAAGAGAGAUGUGAUGGUCAAGCUUUUAACUGCGUACUUCCCCAAGGCAAAUGAUUUAGGAAGUGAAGUUAUAACAGGUGCAAUUUCCAUGGGGCUGAAGGUGCAGGCGUACAUAUAUGACGGGUAUUGGGAGGAUAUGGGAACUAUCGAAGCUUUCUACCGAGCCAACAUGGAAAGCACCAGGAAAACAACCUCAGGUUUUAAUUUCUUUGAUAGAGAUUCUCCACUAUAUACUUUGCCACGGAAUCUUCCGCCCACUACAAUGACAGAUGCAAUGAUUGUAGAUAGUGUCAUUGGAGAUGGUUGCAUCUUUAAUAGGUGCAAGGUUAAAGGAUCUGUGAUUGGCAUGCGCACGUGGAUUGGAGAUGGGGCCGUGGUUGAGGAUUCCGUGGUCAUGGGUUCUGAUAUUUACCAAAUGGAAGGCGUGAAAAAGAGUAGGAUGGAUAAGCAUGGCAUGGACAUCCCCAUCGGGGUUGGGGAGAAAUCUCACAUCCGAAAGGCAAUAAUAGACAAGAAUGCACAUAUUGGCAAAAGCGUCAAGAUUAUGAAUAGAGACAAUGUCCAAGAAGGGAAUAGAGAAGAUCGUGGUUACAUCAUUAGUGGAGGUAUAGUAAUUGUUCUAAGGAGUGCUGUGAUCCCAGAUGGUAGCAUCCUGUGAGAGAGCCGUAUGGCACAUAUCGUCCUUUCUUGUAUACACCAAAAAUACAUAAAAAUGUAAAUGAUGUACCAUCUUUCUUUGUUAGUCAUACGAAUAUUUUAAUGGUUCUUUAUACGAUGAUUCUUAAUAAAGUUAAAUCUAUUUAUUUUGUUGGUUCUA